AUGAACGUUAAAGAAGUUCGUGCAGUUUGGACGUCAGAAAAGGGGUCAAUGGCUAAACAGACGGCCGAGAGCCGAUGGCCCAAAAUAAUCCAGGGCACCAUCGACGACCUUGGCAAAACAGCAGCCGCGGAGGAUGUUGACGAGCAGAAGAGAGCGGAGGGCACCGCCAUUCAGAUUGUCCUCAAAGGCAUCAAGACAGGAAUUGAACAGGACAAGCCUCUCACACCACUUCGAGAUGAUGGCAAACUCGAUAUUCAAGAAUGGAACAAGCAGCUGGCUGCAAUUGGGGAGUGCAGUUGGACAAACUGCCCUUGGCUCUUUGGAGAGUGCUACAUGUACCGAAGCAUCCAGCGGAUCCUGAACUCCUCGAAAAAGUGGCAAAACUACGAUGUGUUCAAGCGCCAGAAAGACUCUACCUUUAUCAAGUCGAGGGCCGCCGUCGAGGAGCUCGCUUGCCGUUAUCUGCAGAUCGUUGCCGACACUCAACUGGCCCAAAACGAGAACAAAGAAGAGGCCAAGAGACUGCUGUAUAUUGAGAUGACGGAGAUGGCCCUGUGGGGAAACGCCACAGACCUGUCACUCCUCGCUAACCGCACCCUGGAAGACUUGCAAAGCCUACAGGGCCGUGAUGCCAUUCAGAAGAGCCAGCGGAAUAUCGUCGACAAUGACACUAACGACGUCUGGACCUAUCUUCAGCGGACUGCCGGUCAACCCAGUCGCCGCAUUGAUAUUAUCCUCGAUAACGCUGGCUUCGAGCUUUAUACUGACGUGCUGUAUGCUGCUUAUCUUUUGGACGCAGGCAUUGCCACCUCUGUCAAACUGCAUACCAAGGAGUUUCCGUGGUUCGUCAGCGAUGUCACUCCCCCGGAUGUCGACUCGCUGUUCUACCACCUUGAUUCCUCCGACUGCUUCCCAUGUCGUGAGUAUCUCGACCAACUCAUCCCAAGACUUCGCAAGUUCUUCCAGUCGGGCGCCAUCACGACGACCAGCGAUCCCUUCUGGACAACGCCGUUCUCGUUCCACGAGAUGCCAUCCAGAGCACCCGCGCUCUUCAACGAGCUCCAGAGCAGCUAUUUGGUUAUCUUCAAGGGCGACCUCAACUACCGCAAAUUGACCAGGGAUGGGCUGUGGCCUCACACUACCACAUACGAAGAGGCUCUGGGUCCCCUCGGCAAGCAGAGCGGCGUCAAGACUUUGGCCCUUCGCACGAACAAGUCCGACGUUUGCGUGGGUGUCGAGACCCAAACCAAGGUUGACGCGCUAAACGAGGAGGCGCCCGAUGGUGCCUGGAUCCAGAACGGAAAGUAUGCGGUGGUAUCAUUCAAUGAGGGUCAAUGA